AUGAUUGAUGCUCUCUGUGCCAGGCGUGCUGACGUUGAAAGCCGAAAUGCCAAUAACUGGUCCUGCCUCCACGUGGCGUACCAAUCUGGAAACAUGGCUACCAUCUGGGCGGUGCAGUGCGCCCGCGCCCGGAAGUUGGGUUUCGAUGAUGCAGCACUGGAGGGUUUGGAUUUCGUUCGCGCCCGGCAGUUGGUACUGGAUGAAUUGGGUGCGGAAGCUGGGGAUGAUGUCGGCGAGGAGGGGGAGCCGGACACGCCGGACGAAGGUGGCUUGCUGAGGGACCUGGAGUCAGCUAUUCGAGCCAAUAGCAAGGAGCUCCAGGACCCCCAGCCGGACGUAGAGGAGCUCACUCCCCUGGAGCUGGGCAUCCGCGAGGCGAAGAUGAACACGAAAGAUCUUGCCGAUGCGGCUCCCGCCACUGUGCGAAGCCUCCAAUCUUUCGCAUCCGGUGCACCGGAAUGCAUUCCGCUCUUCCUGAACCGGCUAUCUGAUGGCAGCCUUCUGCGCAUGGCGGAUCAACUAAGUCACACAGAUAUCGCUCGAUUGGUACGAAGGUACCCUGAGUCUGCCGCAAUGCUGCUGGACAUGGCCACGGUAAAAGCCACUGCCACAGAUCCGGAGUGGCACCCGCUGCCACAAAGGGUGCCUUUCAGGCAAAGUUGGGAUGGGGUUCAGAGCACCGUCCUUUACGAGAUGGACAAGCACUGGGUCUUCAAUGAGACGGGGCUUGAGUUCCCGAAGUGGCACUACAAGAUCCUCCCUCGCGAGCGUGUGCGCAACUUUAGCUACUCGGAUAUCGGCCCUCAUCUCGAUGCCAACAUUCGAGUCUGCCACGUCCCGAACAUCAUCUCCCCCAAUGUCUUUGCAGCCCUCAUCUCUUCCGUGCGGUUGGGGGAUGCUGGUCUCUGCCUCUACGAGUCCAGUACGCUGCGGGCUGCAGUGUCCUACACCUUCGACCAUGGUGCCAUGUGGUUUGAGAUGCUUCAGUGUCUGAUCUCUGUCUGGGGCCUGAGCCUGCUUGUUUUGCAGACCUGCUUCAACCAUGAGCGAGUGGUCGGACUUGGGGCGAGCUCGCUUUACUAUCGGAUGGACGAAGGUGUUUUCGAUCCAAGCCUGACAGCCACCAACCACAGAGAUGGAGUCGUCGCCGACUGGAUGAUUGCAAAAGGUUUCGUUGACCUCUGCUUAGAAAUCGCCGAAGUCCUUGGCCGUAUCCGCACCGGAGAACUCAGAGGCUACUUUAACAUCGGCAACGCUUGGGACCUUUUGCGCAGCAUCAUCCCCAUAGCUUUGCUGGCCUUCCACUCUGAGCGCUGGCUACAUCUUUUGGUCGUGUUGAUCUACUGGAUGCGCCUCUUGGAGAGCGUCAUCUUGAGCGAGUGGAUCGGCUGUGCACUUUUGCCUUUGCAGAAGCUCCUGAUGGGCCUUCUGCCCGCCUUGGCCUUCACCGUGGUCUGCUUUGGCGCGCUUACCCACGCGAUGUACACCGUGCAGGUGACUGCAGACCACCUCUGGCCAACGACUGUCUUCCGCACUUUCGCCACGCUGAUCACACAGGGCCUGCCUGAGCAUGAGCCGGAAGACGGCCUGGAGCUGCUGGUGCUCUAUGGGGGGGUCCUCUUCUUCUCGAUCUUCGUCUUAAACAUCUUCAUCGGUGUCAUCGAUGAGGAGUACAAGAACGAGAAGGAGCUUUCCCAUCUCAGGUUUCUGGGCCUCCGGGCCAGCUCAUGCCUCACUUACCUGCUCCGUGUCCGGGUGAUUCCCUGCAGACUUCUCGGCGCCAAGGCCGCCUUUGGGGCGGCCUUUGCUGCGAUGAUCGCUGCUCUCACACUGCAAGUUUCGUCGAUCUUGCUGGGGCGCCGCCUCGCCGGGUCCUGUCAGCUGCUGGCUUUCCAGGCUUGUCAGCUGAUCAUCUUCCUCGCUCCGUUCCAGUGCGACGACGGCCCCUGGACGGACCGCUUUGCUGCCUCGGGGAAAGUCUUCAAGGGCUACCGGGCCCUGGAUGCCAGAAACCAAGUCAGAAGGAUUCUCGGCUUCGUUGGUGUGUUUGCGGGUUAA